AUAAAAGAGCAAAAUCAGGCAAAAGAGUUAAAAAAAGACCGGGUAGAUAUCUACCUCGAAGGGAAAAAAAUUUCGCUUGCUAAUCUCCAUCCCCUGACCCAAAUUAUCCAAAAAAUUUAUGAUAUUUUCUUACCACUUGGUUAUCGGAUUAUUGAGAGUCCAGAAAUAGAAAAUGAAGAAUAUAAUUUUAACAAGUUAAAUAUGCCACCCGAACACCCUGCCCGAGACAUGCACGAUACUUUUUAUUUAAAUUCUAACUUACUGCUCCGCACUCAUACUUCCAAUACGCAAAUAAGGGUGAUGGAAAAUAAUCCUAAUCAGGAAUUAAAAGUUAUUACCGCUGGCAAGGUUUAUCGACGAGAUGAGGAUGACGCAACCCACACUCACCAAUUUACUCAAAUCGAAGGAUUUGUAGUUGGUCGGGAUGUUUCUUUUUCUCAACUAAAAGGCACCCUGGAAUUGGUUUUAAGAAAAUUGUUUAGUGAAAACCAUCCGAUUCGUUUUCGCCCUUCAUAUUUCCCUUUUACUGAGCCAAGUGUAGAGGUAGAUGCUCAAUGCCUUGCUUGUCAAGGAAAAGGUUGUAAUAUCUGUAAAAAAACCGGUUGGGUCGAAAUACUAGGGGCUGGUUUAAUUCAUCCCCAAGUGCUAAAAAAUUGUGGAUUUGACAGUCAAAAAUUUACUGGAUUUGCUUUUGGUUUGGGGGUGGAAAGAUUAUCCUCCUGA